GUCUGCAGCCGGCGCAGUCAGCCCGGUCGCCCGCCCUGCCCCGUCCGUUGCGCCGCCGGGCCGGAGGUGGAGACGCCGCCGCCGCCGCCGCCGCGCUGGUACUGCUACUGCCUGACCGGGCCAGGCGGGGGCGGUUGCAUGAGGUUGAUGCUGCUGUGCUGCACUUGGAGGGACGAGCCCAUGGGAGAGGACGAAGGAAGUGACCUGCCAAUAUGUGCCAGCUGCAGCCACAGCAUCUACGACGGCCAGUACUUGCAAGCCCUAAAUGCCAACUGGCAUGCCAGCUGUUUCAGGUGCUGCGAAUGUGGGGCUUUGCUUUCCCAUCAGUACUACGAGAAGGAUGGUCGUCUCUACUGCAAGAAGGAUUACUGGGCCCACUUUGGGGAACUGUGCCAUGGCUGCUCGGAGCAGAUCACCAAAGGGCUUGUCAUGGUGGCCGGGGAGCAAAAAUAUCACCCUGAAUGUUUCAGCUGCCUGAACUGCCAAGUGUUCAUCGGUGAUGGAGAUACUUAUGCACUGGUGGAACGAUCCAAGCUGUACUGUGGGCACUGUUAUUACCAGAUGGUGGUGACACCCGUGAUGGAUCAGCUGCUUCCAGAAUCUCCUGGCACUCGGAUUCCACACACUGUCACCCUGGUGUCUAUCCCAGCAUGUUCCGAAGGCAAGCGGGGUUUCUCCGUCUCCAUUGACAAGCAUGGAAGUUCUGAGCACCCACAUACUGUGCGCGUCCGCGAAUUAGACCCAGACUGCAUAAGCCCUGAUAUGAAGAACUCCAUCCAUGUUGGUGACCGCAUUCUGGAAAUCAAUGGCACACCAAUCCGUCAUGUCCCGCUGGAUGAGAUUGAUCUUCUGAUCCAAGAGACCAGCCGGCUGCUGCAGCUCACCAUUGAACAUGACCCUCAUGAGAUGAUUGAAAGCAGCCCCCUUUCAGAACUGCACAGUCCCCUCCAUUCGCCCAGCCACACACCUUGCCCAGACCCUUCAGCCAUUCGCCAACGCUCUGUCAUGAGGAGCUGCAGCAUUGAUAAGUCGCCUUGUUCCAGCUCUCUGGGCUCCCCCUCCUCGCAGAGGAAAGACAUUGGUCGCUCGGAAUCACUGCGGGUUGUCUCCCGUCCUCAUCGCAUCUUCCGCCCCUCGGAUCUCAUUCAUGGCGAGGUGUUGGGCAAGGGCUGUUUCGGGCAGGCCAUUAAGGUGACACACCGGGAGACUGGAGAAGUGAUGGUCAUGAAGGAACUUAUCCGUUUUGAUGAGGAGACCCAAAGAACGUUUCUUAAAGAGGUGAAGGUAAUGCGCUGCCUGGAACAUCCCAACGUGCUGAGGUUCAUUGGAGUCCUCUACAAAGACAAGAGGCUGAACUUCAUCACAGAGUACAUCAAAGGAGGCACACUUCGUGGGAUAAUUAAGAGCAUGGACAGUCAGUAUCCCUGGAGUCAGCGGGUCAGUUUUGCAAAAGACAUCGCUUCAGGGAUGGCUUAUCUCCAUUCUAUGAACAUCAUUCACAGGGACCUCAAUACACACAACUGCCUUGUGCGAGAAAACAAAAGCGUGGUGGUGGCUGAUUUUGGCCUUGCUCGGCUAAUGGUAGAUGAGAAGAACCAGCUGGCAAACCUGAAGAAACCUGAUCGUAGGAAACGGUACACAGUGGUGGGCAAUCCUUACUGGAUGGCUCCUGAGAUGAUUAAUGGGAGAAGUUAUGAUGAGAAAGUGGAUGUCUUCUCCUUUGGCAUCAUCCUUUGUGAGAUCAUUGGGAGAGUCAGCGCUGACCCUGACUACCUGCCUCGAACCUUGGAUUUUGGCCUCAACGUGCGGGGCUUCCUGGACCGGUACUGUCCUCCCUGUUGUCCUGCCAGCUUCUUCCCUAUUGCGGUUUGUUGUUGUGAUUUGGAUCCUGAGAAACGACCUUCCUUCAGCCGGUUAGAACAGUGGCUGGAAGCUCUCCGCAUGCACCUGGCUAUGCAACUUCCCCUGAGUUCACAGCUGGAGCAGCUGGACCGGGCCUUCUGGGAGACACACCGGCGAGCUGAGAGUGGACUGUGUGCACAUGCUGAAAUGUCUGAAUGAGUACAGCAGGGGCAGGCAAGCAGCCCCAAGCCUGCAUGUCUCUGUAUGAGCUGGGCUGAAGAAAAGCUUCUCCUGCUGAACCCUGCCACCAGCUGCAUGCAGCUAACCAGCUAGGGCUGGUUGUUGAACCACUGGGAGCUGGUUCUCCCUGCUUCCUUCCUUGGGGGAUGCGGUCUGUGCCUGGCUUGCACAGAAAUUGUCUGGGGCAGCCCAGGCUCUUGUAAAUACUCCUUGUGAUUAGGUCCUUCUCCUCAUGUGCAUCCUGCAAAGUGGAGGGGAAGUGAGGGGUCCUUGACUUUCUCCUUGUAUGCUUUGUGGUUGCAAAAAGCUUUGCACGCCCCACUGAGCAUGUAAGCUUCUGUCAUCAGCUGGCAGCUGCUCACAAGCUGGCAUUAAGGUGGGGGCUCCUUCCCUGUCCCCCAAGUCCACCUCUACAGAUCCUCUUUAAACUGUUGUCCUCUAAAGUGGUGCCUUGGGUUGACGUGAACUGGCAUACUUGGAUUCUUGAGCCCCACUUUGUUAUUCCAUGAAUAGGCCAUGGGGGUCUGUGCAUGUGCUUAGCCUUCGUGCUCCUCGGGAGUGGCAGGCGUGAGAGAUCUGCGCAGGUGUUUGGUCUGUGUGCUCCCUGGAGCCAGUGUCUGACUACAUUCACACAACAUGUUUUGCCCAAUCAGUUAAAGAUUUAGUGGCUGUGUUUGCACAACAUACUGAGCUUACUGUUACUGUUAACCUUGGUUAGUAUUUUAUUUUUUAUAUAGCUUAGCAUGUUAUGCAAACCCAGCCUAUUUGGUUAAUUUGAGGUUGAUAUAUUGUGCAAAUCCAGGAAAAAUGGCUCAUUUCAGUAACCAGGUGACAUGUGUUACGUGAAGGCAGCUCUGCCAGUGCCCACUUGUGUGCGUUGUGUGCAUGUCUCACUGUGUGCACACCGUAGCUUCUCCCUUCCUUCCUUCCUUCCUUCUGUUCCAAUCAUGUUGGCCAGAAGUACAUAAACUCCAAGGCUGCUUUUUCUGGCGAAAAACUAAUUCUAAGCAGGCAGUUUGCCCCAGAGAGAAGCUAUAAGGUGGAGCUGAAACCUUCUCCUCUUACCCCUUCUCUGCUCCAAAUUACUGUCCCCUUUGAACUGCUUGCCCACCUCUGAAGAUCCAAAAGUGUGUCAAUGUUUUGUUGCAAGAUUGUGUGUGUGUGUGUGUGUGAGAGAGAGAGAGAGAGAGAGUGUGCACAUCCAUACUCCCAUAUGCUGUUAGGUCCAGAAAGGCAGUCUGGGUUCCUAGUAGGAGAGAGAAGGAAACAACUCAGUUGCCCUUUUAAAGGGAGAUCUUUGUGCAUAGCUUGAAAAUCUAGCCAACUCUUUCCAGGUUCAGUACAGAGCCAUAAGAUGUGCACUAACCCCAGCCUUCCUCAGCCUGGUGCCCUGCAGAUUUGUUUUCACUACAACUCCCAGAACUCCUCAGGCCACAUAGCCUUCAGAACUGUACAACUCCCAGACUUCUUAUCUAGUGGUCUGGAGG